AUGCGAUGUGGCCGGCGUGGAGAUGAGGGCUGGGCGUGGCAGUUGGAAGUGGGACCUAUGGACCCCGUUGAAGGUUUCGAGCUGUCGCUUCCAAAGGAAAUUGCACCAACCAUCGAGCGUGCGGACGUUGGCAAGAUUGUCGAAGGAACAGCAUGCGCAAAAUUCAACAUUUUGUUUGCACAGGAGGACCUACAGAGCCUUGAUCUGAUGCGUCUUCACGGCAGCACGCAGCGCUUACGAAAAGCCAUUGAGGACUCCACCACCAAAAUACAGGUGCCAUUUGUGCCAGCAAUGAGCUCAGACGCGGAAGACGUCGUUGGCUGGUUGCGAAGGUCGUGUGCGAAGAGGGAGGUUGUUGUUUCACGGCUCAGCGUUGACUCGGCGCUCCGUACGCUUUUUCGGGACACCGCCAACCCACAACUCCUCAUCGUCCGUCUCCCAUCUGCAGGCCACGCGGCUCCGUCCGACGGCAGCCCGCGUGACAUCAGCACCCGCGCUGCCGUCAUGGAUAAGAACGACGAGUUCAUCAGCUCCGUGCUGGACGAGGUCAAGAAAGUCGCGGGUGACGACUGGACAGCCGUGUUGACGGGACUGCAGUUGUCCGAGGCUGCCCUCUCUCUUCAAAGACGCAGCGCAACCCAACCCGCCCACCCCCUCCUCUCCGCACGCGCCGCAACCAACUGGACCGCGAUCCCCUACAGCAAACGCCCCAUCUUCCAGAAAUACGUCUUCUUCAGCCCCGGCCUGUUCAUGUGCAUCACCGCCAUGAUCCCUAUUGUUGUUGUGGCGCUGCUGGGUGUCAGGAUUCUGAUGAGUAUUCAGACCCCGAGUCGGUUUGAGGGCGGGAAGAAGGAUAAGUGA